GUCUGUCCCGCCAUUCACGCACUGAGCCCUGUCUUGCCCCCCAUCUCGCCUGCUAACGUCCGGUCGUUGUUCCUCUGUCGUUGCCCAUCCAGCCCCUCAACGUCCAGCCCCUCAACGUCCAGCUCAUCAGCUUCCUGGCUCUUCCACACCCAACUUCGCGACGCCCAGCUCCCUUUAGACAUGGACGACCUGACCGACUUGGUUUGGAAGCAGGCCGGCGGAAAACCCACCCAGCCUGCUGCCACCCUCAGCGCUCUCUCAUCCCAUGCCAGCACCACCGCCGGCAACCCCAACCGAGCCACCGGUCUUUCGGGCUCGCCGAUGGCCGGCUCGACCCCGCGAACGCUCUCGCCCAACCCGUCGCAUCCACACUCUCCUGCAACGGCCCCGCGCAUCUCGCCCUCCUUGAACGCUUCGGUCGUGGCUCCGUCGCCAGGGAUGCAGCGCAACCCUUCCCAGCAGUACGGCAGCCAUGCCUCUGCGGCGCCGCAUCAGCGCAACCUGAGCUCGUCGCCAAACUUUGUGAGCUUCAACCCAACAGCUCCCAGCAUGGCCGGCGUCCACUCGAUCCAGCGCACUGGGACGCCGACCCACGGAGAUGAUCCCUUUGGCAACCUGGUGUCCUUUGGCUCGGCGCCCAAGCCGGCCUCGACCUCGGCCUCGGCAUCGGGGUCGUCGCUUCCAAUGGCAGAAGUACAGCGCCAACAACAGCAACUUCAGCAGCAGCAACUCCAACAACAGCAGCAACAGCUCCAGCAACUCCAGCAACUUCAACAACAACAGCAGCAACUCCAGCAACUCCAACAGCAACGACAACAACAGCAGUUCCUGCAAGGCCAGUUUUCUCCCCUGUCCAAGAGCCAGACACCCCAGCCUCUGUCGCAGUCGCUGUCGAAUGCGCCGCUCCUGCCCAAUCUGCAAAAUGGUUUUAGCUCGCCGAUGGCGGUGCGGUCGAGCUCGCAGCUGAAUGGCGGACUGGUCAACCCCGCCGAUCCCUUUGGACGCUCUCCAGGCAGUGCAUCGGGCGCCAGCAUCCAGCAGCCCCAGCCCUUCGUCAACGACGCAUGGAACCUCGAUCUACUUGAACAGCCCAAGCCCUUGGCAUCGCAGGCUCCCGGUGCACCUGCCCAAAGCAGCGUUGUGGGCGACGACAUCUUCGAUAUCAAGUUCCUCGGGUCGCAGAAUCCCGUGGCGUCAUCUCCAUCCAACGCCGAGAAGCAGCCGGCCUCCAACUCUACCGACGACCAGCAUCCGCUUGGUCUUUUGGCUCAGCCUGUGAGUGCCUUCUCGGCAGCGACCCCGGUUGCAUCAGGCUCCGCACCGGGCUCGGCAACGACCUCCCCGGCAACCCGCUCGGCAGCCUCGCCUGGCAUGCAGCCGUCUCCGUCAAGCUCGCAGCCUCGCUCCAUUGAUGCCGCCCCUCCACCACGCCCGCCUCGUCCAGCCAAGCCCGAUAGCGGCGACAUCGACUUCAAGAUUGCGCAGCUCAUGGACUUUGGCUUUGACGACCUGAGGGCCAAGAAUGCGCUGGAGGCUGCCGGCUAUGAUAUCCAGAAAGCGCUGGACCUGCUGGUGGGCUCCGAGUCCCCCGCUCCAAACAGCGACCCCCAUCCCAAGCCGCCAGCAAAGCCCCGGCCCGAUCCUUCUCAGAAGGUUGCACGCUACGCCGACGACUACGAAGCGGACGAUGGUGGUGAUGCCAUGCCCGGCCGGUAUGCGGCGGGCCCGUCCGGCUCCGCCGGCCUGAGCCAGACCUCGAACCAACUGCUCAACAGCGCCAGCGCCUUAGGCAUAUCGGCCUUGAACAACGCAAAGAACCUGCUGUCCUUUUCCAAAAACAAGAUCUCGGAGGCUCUUGAGAAAGCCUCUGCGCGCAUCGACGACGGCUCGGCUGGACGCGGUGGAUCGAGCGGCAUGUCAACGUUUGCGUCCACCAUCAAGAGCGGUCUCAGCACGGCCUCGUCACAGCUCAAAGGGCGGCGGCCCUCGGACGAUAGCCCAGACGAGUACUCUGACGGUCCGGACAACCGAUACCGAGGCUAUCAGAACUAUACCGAUUUCCGGGAUGAUGACAGGGGUGCGACUGGCUAUGCAUUCGCCCCAUUUGCCGACAAUGACGGCGACGGCGAUGACGAUGACGAGGGCGAGGAUGACCGAGCGGCCCAAGAGGCGCUGAGAAAGUCGCGCGAGGCGUACAACCAGAAGGUGCUCGCCGCCUCGGCCCAGCAGAGCCAGAGCCAGAGCCAGAGCCAGAGCCAGAGCCAGAGUCCGGCUCGCGGCAGCCCCGGUCGGCCAUCGCCCUCAGGCGUUUCGUAUCCGUCGGUCGCAAGCCCAGUCGUCUCGGAGCAGCCCAAGCCAAGUGUCAAGGCUGUGGACCUGUUUGACUUUACCUCGGACUCGCCCUCCGCGGGCCCGGCACGGGUAUCGCCGUCUCAGCCAGCGCCGGUCCGGCCAGCGGCCUCGACACCCAAGCUAUCUCCUAAGAACACUGCUCCCGAGAUUGUCGCCACACCCGCCCAGCUCGAAGAGUCGCUCAAGUACAAGGACGAGGGCACGGACUAUUUCAAAAAGGGCCAGUACGGCGAUGCGGAAGAGUCCUACACCAAGUCGAUCGUGGCCCUGCCCGCGGGCCAUGCCAACCUCGUCGCCCUCUUCAACAACCGCGCUGCUUCUCGGCUGAAGACUGGCCACUACGGCGGCGCCAUCGAGGACUGCAACUAUGUGCAAAACGUCGAGCCCGGCGAGGUCAAGUCGCUGCUACGACGUGCAACGGCGUACGAGGCCCAAGAAAAGUACCGCGAGGCCCGAGACGACUACAGCCGGGUUGUGGCGACCGACCCGUCGGUCAAGGCUGCCUCCCAGGGUCUUUUGCGCUGCGCCAAGGCAGUCUCCAUGAGCGAGAGCGGCGGACACGCACUGGAGCAGCCCGCCCCGAGCGGUUUGGGCGGCUCUGCUGGCGUCUCAGUCGCAGCCAGCGCACAAAACGAUCUUGCGUUCUUUGAGUCGCCGACGGCGGUACCUGGCGCUGCCGGUGCUUCUGUCGAGAUUGCCCGCGAACACGUCCCAUCCUCGAACCCCCAGGUCCGGGAAGCAGUCGACAAGGCGGUGGAGAAACUGCGAGCGCAGAACAUCCAGAGUGAGCAGGAGGAUGCUCUCAAGCUGCAGCUCAAGGAUCAAGUUGACAUGAAGAUUGAACAGUGGCGCUCGGGCAAGGAGAAGAAUCUGCGCGCCCUGUUGUCAUCGCUCGAGUCGGUGCUGUGGCCUGAGUUGGAGUGGAAGCCCAUCAGCCUUGCCGAGCUGAUUCAGCCUCAGCAAGUCAAGAUCAAGUACAUGCGGGCCGUCGCAAAAGUCCACCCAGACAAGCUGAGCAAGGACUGCACACUCGAGCAUCAGCUGAUUGCCAACUCGGUGUUCAGCACCCUCAACAAGGCAUGGGAUGAGUUCAAGGUCCAGAACGGGCUAUAGCGGCCGUAUAUCCGAAGCCGAGGAUGAUUGAUGUCUGUGUGUUUGUGUCCGAAAAUGAAAGCCAUAGACGCAAGUUGUCCUACUCCGUUUCGUGAGCGACGAAAUGCACUGUCUUCCGACGCAACGGCGGGGGAAGUGGCUGUUGGGCGGGUAGGAGGCAGACCGUUUUUAUCCAUUGGAUCGUUGAUAUCUGGAAGAGCAGCUCGCCAUCCACUUCCGGAUGGCUUGAUCUCGUCUGCGCGCGUGGGUGAGCGAUGCGUCGCUCCAAACUCAUGAAGCCGCUCUGGUUGCCGUCCCAUGUGCGGCAAAGACCGCGCCAUCCAAACAACAGCCAGGGAUAGCUUUCAGCGU